AUGGCGGCGCUGGAGAUCGCCUUCGCCGCCAUCAGCGUCGCGGCCAUCAUCGCCAUUGCCUACUUCCUCCACACGUGCUCGCGGGAGGCCACGCCCGUGCCGAUGCCGAUGCCGCCCGGCGCGGAGGAGACGGCGGCCGCCGCCGGCGACGUCGAGCUGCAGCAGGCGGGGAUGGACGAGGCCGCGAUCAGCGCGCUGCCCAAGGUGGUGGUGCACGCGAGCGGCGGGGAAGCGUCCUCGUCGUCCACGAGCUGUGCGGUGUGCCUGGGCGAGUACGACCGGGGGGACGUGCUGCGGGUGCUGCCGGACUGCGCGCACUCGUUCCACCGGCCGUGCGUCGACCAGUGGCUGCGCCUUCGCCCCAGCUGCCCCGUCUGCCGCACGCCGCCGUCCACGCCGGCGCCGGCAGCCGCCUCGCCGAGCCAAACGUGA